AUGAAUAGCUUUGACUGUCAACCUUCAUUGGUUAGAAAUAAACAUAAAUUUCAUGCACAAAAAUUUUUUACUGAUGAAACGACAACAAAAAGGUCAUCCGUCACACUUCUCAAUUCAUCUAAUUCAGCAUCAACACAACAUUCCGCCACUAGUAAUAAGUUACCCUAUAGCUUUCAGAACGUUAGUAUCGAUCCAAAAUUCCAGAAAUCUGAUGAAAUGCUAAGGUCUUCCACCAUCCCUAUUCAACCCAAGCCGAAGAAUUCAUCAAAUUCAACAUUAUCGCAACAACCUAUCACAAGUAAUAAGAGAUCUUUUGACUUUCAAAAAAUUGGGGUUAAUCCAAAAACCAAAAAAGCUGAUGAAAUGUCAAGUUCGUCUACCUCUCAACUUCAAAAUAGACUAAAGAAUUCAUCUAAUUCAACAUCUUUACAACAAUCUACGAUUAAUAAAAAAAGAUCUUGUGACUUUCAAAACAUUAAUACUGGUCCAUCUACUGUCCGACAUCUUUCAUCAAAAAUAAAAGAUUCAUCUAAUUCAACAUCAUUACAGCAAUUUAAGAAGAGAUCUUAUAACUCUCAAAGUAUUGGUGUUAAAGCAAAAGUCCAAAGAUCUGAUGAAUUAAAGAGAUCAUCCGUUCAAUUUCAAUCCAGAAUAAAAAAUUCAUCUAAUCCUAACUUCACAUCAUUACAACGAUCUUCUACCAGUAAUAAGAGAUCUUAUGACUCCGAUGCCGAUUGCAUACAUUCAAAGAAUCAGCAAAACAAUCUUAAAAGAUUACGAAAUUCAAAGAUAUCGUCAUUUUGUAAAGGUUCUACUAUAGUUAAAAAAUCACCUUUGUCACAAAAUCAAAAAUCUAUUCAAACAUCAUCUCAAAAGAAACAUGUUAUAUCAAACUCAUCAGAAAAACUAUCGGAACCAUCACUACAAAAUUAUAAAUCAAAAUUUCAGUUAAAAUGUCCUAAAGCCUCAAAUCCUUUAAUAAAAUGGAAUGAAUCACAAACUUUUGAGCAACAACUUGAAAUAAUGAAGUAUUUAAAAAAUAUUUACUAG